UAUGCUGUAAAGUGGACUGCUAACGUCGAGCUGAAUGGGCGGAGUUAAGUCCCGCCGGUCCCGCCUUACUGCUGUAGCUAGGUUGAUCCGAGGUUAGGUUGAGACUGCAAAUCCAAUAUGGAUGCGGCCGUCGAUUGGACUCAUUCGCUGCCUAUGUAACAGACGGGUCAGGGUUCAUCCAGUAAUAUUUACAGUCUAUGGUGUUAACGUUGUAGAUGUUCUGUAAAGGGAACCAAAGCGGGUUGUUUCCACCCGGACCAUUGAGUGUGUAACACAAGUUGUGAGUAAACGUUCCUGCUGAGCAUACACGUGAUUCUCCGUGUCUUUAUUAAUGAUCGUUAGGGUGCUAACGUAACAGUAGAUGAUCAGAGUAAAGUUGUAAAGACGUCAGCGCUGAGUUGAGUUUUCCCUCUGUGACUCUUGGAUGUGUGUAAGAUGGCCGGGUUUAAGGAUCUUAAAGAGUUAUUCAGUCGACGGCUGCUCGCUGCGGUUAUCAGAGAUAUAACAGAAGAAAGAACAACAAGUGGAUACGAAGAGGAGCUCCACCGACAAAGAAAACUGCUGGAUGUGAUUUUAACUCCUGAAAUCAAGCUACAGAGAACAGAUGUCCAGCAGCUGUUGGUGAGUAAAGAAGAGCUUCCACCUGAGCAGCAGGAGUGGAGCCACAUUCUGGACCAGGAGGACACUAAGCCCCAACACAUUAAAGAAGAACAUGAGGAACUGUGGAUCAGUCAGGAGGAAGAACAGCUUCAAGGACUGGAGGAGGCUGAUACCACCAAGUUCCCCUUCACUCCUGUUUCUGUGAAGAGUGAAGAUGAUGAAGAGAAACCUCAGUCCUCACAGCUUCAUCAGAGACAAACUGAACAGAUGGAAACAGGAGUUGAUGGAGAGGACUGUGGAGGAGCAGAAACAGAGAGAGACUCAGAUCCAGAGAGACGUUUACAACCAGAGACUGAGGUCGAGACUGAAGACUCUUGUGAACCUGAGACUGAUGACAGUGAUGAUUGGCAAGAGACAAGAGAAGAUCUGUCAGAAUUAAACUUGAAAAAUAAGAAACUAAAGACUGGUAAGAGACCACACAGGUGCUCGGAGUGCAGUAAAAGAUUUAACCGAAAAGGGAAUCUGACAAAACACAUGUUAGUUCAUACAGCAGAGAAACCCUUCAGCUGCUCUGUUUGCAGUAAAAGCUUUACCCAAAGAGUAAAUCUGACCACACACAUGUUGGUUCACACAGGAGAGAAACCCUUCAGCUGCUCUGUUUGCAGUAAAAGCUUUACCCAAAGACAAAGUUUGAUGUAUCACAUGUUAAUUCAUACAGGAGAGAAAGCCUUCAGCUGCUCUGUUUGCAGUAAAAGCUUUACCCAAAGAGGAAAUCUAACCAAACACAUGAUGAUUCACACAGGAGAGAAACCCUUCAGCUGCCCUGUUUGCAGUAAAAGCUUUACCCAAAGAGGAAGUCUGACCACACACAUGUUAGUUCAUACAGGAGAGAAAGCCUUCAGCUGCUCUGUUUGCAGUAAAAGUUUUACCCAAAGAGGACAUCUGACCACACACAUGUUAGUUCAUACAGGAGAGAAAGCCUUCAGCUGCUCUGUUUGCAGUAAAAGUUUUAACUAUAGAGGAAAUCUAACCAAACACAUGAUGAUUCACACUGGAGAAAAAAUCUUUAGUUGCUCUGUGUGAGAAACGAUUUAACCAUAAGUCUAGUCUGACAUAUCACAGAGGGGAGAAACCCUUCAACUGCUCGUUUUGCAGUAAAACUUUUACCCAAAGAGGAAAUCUGAACAAACAUGAUGAUUCACACACGAGAGAAACCUAUCAGUUGCUCUCGGUGUGACAAAAGUUUUACCAAAAAAGUGUCUCUAACCAGACACAUGUUAGUUCAUACAGGAGAGAAACCCUUCAGCUGCUUUGAGUGUGGUAAAAGGUUUAGUU